CAGAGCUGCAGUCGGGUCCUGUUUGUCUCUAAAAGAAGAUUCACUGGAGUCCACCAGGUUUCUCCCAGCAACAGUGAGUGCAAACAUGUCUGCUACCAGCAACCUGCAAUCUGAGGAUCAGUUUCUGUGCUCCAUCUGUCUGGAUGUGUUCACUGAUCCAGUCUCUACACCAUGUGGACACAACUUCUGCAAAACCUGCAUCAGUCAGCACUGGGACCUGAAUCAGAGGUGUCAGUGUCCCAUGUGUAAAGAGACUUUCAACAUUAGACCUCAGCUGAGGGUCAACACCUUCAUCUCUGAGAUGGUUGCUCAGUUCAGACGUGAAGCUCAGCAGAAAGCCAGCAGCAGCAGCUCAGAGCAACAAGCUGCCAAACCAGGAGAAGUUCCCUGUGACUUCUGCACUGGAACCAGACUGAAGGCCCUGAAGUCCUGCCUGGUGUGUCAGACCUCCUACUGUCAGACUCACCUGGAGCCUCAUCUGAUAAAGGAAGGUCUGAAAAGACAUCAGCUGAUUGAUGCUGUGGUGAACCUGGAAGGCAGGAUGUGCACGAAGCAUGACAAACAUCUGGAGCUGUUCUGUAAGACCGACCAGACAUGUGUCUGCACGCUCUGCCCUAUUUUAGACCACAAGAACCACGAGUUUGUUCCUCUGAGAGAAGAAUAUGAAGGAAAGAAGGCAGAGCUGGAGAAGACAGAGGCUGGGAUUCAGCAGAUGAUCCAGAAGAGACGACUGAAGAUUCAGGAGGUCAAAGAGUCGGUGAAGAUGAGUAAAGAUGCUGCAGACAGACAGAAAGCAGAAGGUGUUCAGGUCUUCACUGCUCUGAUGGAGUCUGUUGAGAGAUGCCUGAAAAAGUUUAUAAAGGAGAUCGAAGACAAACAGGAAACUACAGAGAAACAGGCUGAAGGUCUCAUCAAAGAUCUGGAACAGGAAAUCUCUGAGCUGAUGAAGAGAAGCUCUGAGGUGGAGCAGCUCUCACGCUCUGAAGACCACCUCCACCUCCUCCAAAGCUUCUCCUCCCUUAAAACUGUUCCACCCACCAAGGACUGGACAGAGGUCAGAGUCCGUCUACCAUCAUAUGAAGGGACUGUGGUGAGAGCUGUGGAUCAGCUGGAAGAGACACUCUGGAAACCCAUGAAGAAGAAGUUGUUUGAGGCUGAGCUGAAGAGGGUCCAGCAGUAUGCAGUUGAUGUGACUCUGGAUCCUGAUACAGCAUAUCCUAGUCUCAUCCUGUCUAAUGAUGGAAAACAAGUCUAUGAUAGUGAUGUGAAGAAGAAACUUCCAGACAACCCAGAGAGAUUUUCUCGCGGCGCUUGUGUUUUAGGAAAGCAGAGUUUCUCUUCAGGCAGAUUUUACUUUGAGGUUCAGGUUAAAGGAAACACUGAGUGGGAUUUAGGAGUGGCUAGAGAGUCGAUCAACAGGAAGGGAUCAAUCACACUGAGACCUCAGAAUGGUGUCUGGGCUAUGUGGCUGAGAAAUGAAAAUGAGUACGCAGCUCUUGCUGGACCUAGAGUCCCCCUCUGUCUUCAGCCUGGUCCUGAGAAGGUGGGGGUGUUUGUGGAUUAUGAGGAGGGUCUGGUCUCCUUUUAUGAUGUUGGUGCUGCAGCUCUGAUCUACUCCUUUACUGGCUGCUCCUUCACCCACAAACUCCACCCUUUCUUCGGUCCCUGUGAGAACGAUGAUGAUGAAAACUCUGCACCUCUGAUCAUCUGUCCUGUCAAUCAAACUGAGUCAAUCAACGACUGAUUUUAAUUUGAUGAACUGAUUGAUUUUUUUUAUUGAAGGGAACAAAUGAACAUAUUCAGUGAUCAUACUCUACAGUCUCCAUGUUUUCUAUAGAAUCUGAUUAUCGGGGACUCUGAUUUAUACUUUUAUUCUCUGAUAUUUGCUCUUCAGCCCGAGUCUCCAUCAGUGGGAACAUUUCCCGAUUCAGCUUUUCUUCUGUUUGCAUAAAGUUUGUUAAAUGUUUUGAGUGAAUCCAGAAUCAUGUGUGGGUGUUAUAUGGAGCAUUCAGAGUUCAGCUGAAGGGAGUUAUGUUGGAUAAAAAGUGUUUUUCUGCAUUACCACCCACACGCAUUCCAGUCUUUAUGCCACAACAUGUUCCUGUAUUAGAUUGCAUUGUGCUUCAUUGUGCUAUAUGACACUGUGGUGUUUUGGAUUAUAAAUUCAGAACAGAAAUACUUUAAUAAUCCCACCAAGCCAUGCAGCUGUGGAGCCCUACUUCUGUCACAUGACAGGAAAGAGACACAGAACGACUCAAACUCAAACUGGCUCAGUUGCUUAUACAACCCUCACACAGCCAAACUAUCUGGACCCACUCACGUCACUCACUGAACCGCUUGAUCUGGGCUCAGCUUGAGUUCCAGCCAGUUUUUGUGAGCCACAUGUGGAACAUCUGGCCAUAAGUUGGAGCUGUGAUUGAGGUGAGACGGCCAGACUCAGCCUGAGUCCAAAUACAAACUGAAUAUUCAAUGACUGUUUCUUUUUUCUAAGGAUCAAAUGUAAUCUUAUCUGAAUAUUCUGGAUUACUUAUGAAAUCAUGCAUCUUAUAUUAGAAGACUGAUGGAACCACAAAUGUGUGUGUUCCAUAAUCAUUCAUUUUUUAACUUUUCUUGUAAACUGGAAACAGUU